AUGGCAGACUGCCCGUAUCGAUUGUGUUAUUUUUCCGUGCGAAAUGGUGCAUAUUUCCAUUAGAAAAACUUAGUGUAAUAACAUUCACGCCAGUGAGCUACACGAUGCCGUGUUGAAGUACAACCUGAAGUUUGUGUUAUUCGGAAGAAUCGCUUCCAUCCCACAGCUCAGGGUACACGCAAACUGCUUGCGUGAAAACACCGCAACAACACGGAACGGUACUUGGAGGCUGGCAUUAGAAAAUUAGAACCCGUUACCAGCUCCCCAGAUUCGAUCGAGCAGCAUUUGCCCUGCUGCACCCAUUCCCGGCCGAACGAAGUCCGAGCUCAGUCCCGGGACCGCAAAUGUCGCAAAGUGCACCGAGACGGCAUCCGCCCAGUGGAAAUGUGGAGGUUAGCAGCAUGUCGGCAAAGUUUGUUGACACCGAGUGGGAGGCUCGGGAGUCCCAACGGCAGCGCGAACUGGAAGAGGCUCGCGCAAGGGCCGCGCAGAUGGAAAAGACGAUGAAGUGGUGGUCCGACUGUACGGCAAAUUGGCGCGAAAAAUGGAGUAAGGUGCGAACCGAACGCAACAAAGCACGCGACGAGGCGAAGCAGCUCCGCAGCAAUCUGGAGGCCGCCAUUAAAGAAUCCAACUCGUACAAGCGCGAAAAGUGCGAACUAGAAAUGCAAAUAACGCAGCUCAAGAAGGAGAUGGAGAAGGUGCACACGCUCAUGAUGAAGCACGCCGGCCGUUUCAACAAAGCCUCCCUGGACGCAGCCGACGAGCCGGAUCGUGAUGGCCGGGCCGAUAACAACUGCUCGCCGGACAUAUCCUCCGACGGGUUAAAGAACGUCAACAGUGAGGAUGGUUUGGUGACGAAGCUGCCGAACCUGCCGGACGAUGGAACCGGACCACCCGGAGGACUGCUCGCGACCAACGCUGCCAGCGCCGAUCUCGACAUCGAAGAGUACAUCCUGCAGGGUGGCGCCAUGCCGAAACAUUCCGUAGAGUUUAAGGACAAGAGUGAGCAGAUGGCGGAAGAGCGCCGUCUCAUACAGCAGCUCUCCAAGGACGAUUACGACGAGGAUUAUCUGCUGCAGAAGAUUUCCAUGCUCCAGCUCCGGCUGGACGAUGCCCAGAAAACGAUCCAGAUCGAGCGGGAGGAGAAAAAUGUCGUCCAUCGAGCGCUGGAAAAGGCACGCCAGGAUAUGCAGGAGCUGCGGGACAAGUGCGAAGAGUUGCGUGCGGCCAAACAGGAUGCGGUGCGGGAGCUGCUAACGCUGCAAGAGCAGCACCGGGUGGAGAUGCGCAUCACGCACAACUCGCUGCAGGAAGAGAUUGCCGCGAGGGAAACGCUCGAAAGGCGGUUGUGCGAGCUGCGCACGGAACUGGAACGACUGCAGGCGGAGAAUGCGGCCGAAUGGGGCAAGCGGGAACGGCUCGAAACGGAGAAGCUGAAUAUGGAGCGGGAAACCAAAAAGCUGCGCGCCGAAUGUCAGGAUCUGCAGGAACGGCUCGAACGCAAGGGUCGUCCGCUGGUGAACAGUGACGUGGAGCUGCGCUCUCUGCAGCAGGAGCUGCUCGAUAAGAAUAAGGAACUCAGCGACAUUCGUCAUUCGCACAGUAAGAUGAAGAAAAUGCUGUCGGAAGCAAACACCGAGCUGGGGCAUGCCGUGCGCCGAGCGGAACAGUACGAAACGGAGGUGAAACGGUUGCGUUCGCGCGUGGAAGAGCUCAAGCACGAGCUGGCCUCCGCUGAGGAUGAGCUCGAUGCCGCCUGCAACCAUGUGCGUCGAUUGCAACGCACCAACGAGGAGCUGAGCGGCCAAACGGAAGGCUUGCAGGUGCAGAUACAGCAUCUACAAACGAGUGGUAGUCCCAAGCAGCAGCAGCAGCACCAUCAGCACGAGUCGGGCAACUAUAAGGCCACCAAUCGGUCCAAUUACACUGCCAACGUGAGCUACAAACCGAACAUUAACGAUCUGAAGCAGCUGUUUGACAAUUCGGCCGCUCGCCAGUUCGGUGGUGGUGGUGGUGGUCCAUCCAAAGCGUCCGGUUUGCCAGUCCGCGAGCAACCCUCCUCCCUUACGUCCAGCAUCAAUCCGCAACCUCCGCCGUCAUACGCUCCACUCGCGUCCGGUUCGUACUACGAUGCCAAGCCGAGCUACAUCGAGCACGAUGCACCCUCGCCACCAUCGCUCAACAACAACAAGUACGAGUUCGAGCGUGCCAAGCAAAAGUUUGACAACAUUACGCGUGCUGCAGCGGCCGCCAGCGGUGGACACAAGUCCCGCAGCAGCUCGGGCGGCAGUGGUGCCGUCACAUCGAAGCAACACAAUUUCGCCGGCAGUUCAGCCAUUCCGAAGCGAAACACGUCCUCCGGUGCAGCGGCGGGUGCUUCUUCCGCCUCUGGUUCGUACUACGAACCGAACGUAUUUCCCGGCAACGGUGGCGGAGAGCUGCGGAACGGGCGGGCAGCGUGUGAUGAUAUGCCUCCGACGAAGAAUCAGAGCCACAUCAACGAAACCAUACAGCUGUUCGACGUUAGUCCGGGCUCGUACGAUCAAUCGCCGGGCGGCAAUGCGCCGAGGGCGAUCGGGCAGCAGCACCCACCACACAAACCGAUCAACAUUGGCAAGAUGAACGAUGUCAAUCUGGAUGGGUUAAAGGUAUCGGAGGACGAUGAAACUCCGUAGCUCACAUGGAUCCACCAGUCUGCUUUCGGCCAACGAAGAUAAUAGCGACAAUGAAUGAUCGCCUCUUGGUCGACACCCCCCCCCCCCCCCCCCUUGCUCAGGCAGACUUAACCUGGUGCAGCGUCCAUCACCCUGCGCUGCGGGCCAUCAGAUACUCAACCGUGGGUCGGUGGAAAACAUCACAAUUGUAUUGGUCUCUUAAAUGCUCUCUCUCUCUCUCUCUCCAUCUGGGAAUGUUCCGGAUAGGUUACAAACACUCCAACAUCGGUUCAACGGUAACUGUUAAUACUCAGAUAAUAGACUCAGUACUUACGUAGGGUAAACGUAAACGUAAAAGUAUUAUCUAUGCAAACGACGAUUCCUCUCUCUUUUUUCUAUUUUACAAAUGAGGAUAUAGUGCUAGUAGUGGUGGCAGUAGUAGAAGUAUCCACCACUCCCAGAUCAUAGUACAACAGCAGGCAACAGGAAAAGUAUUGCAACCAGUCAAGCAAAAGCAUCGAUCGUUCACUUGCCGCCCUAUAUAGCUUAGCUCGUGUAUGGAGUUGAUUGUGUUAGAAUAGAGAAUGUCUCCUAGUGGAUACACAGGGUAUUACUUGUUUUAUUCUCUCGAGUCUGGCGGGACUUCGGAGAGCAAUCUCUUGCAUGUAAUCCGCAGUCAUCAGUUCUUCAGAGGUGAUCCUUGCAGUGUACCACAAUUAAUUCGUCUUCGAAGGACAAGACUGUGGGCAAGCCUGUCGGACUCAGAGUGAUCAACUAUUUCAACAUGAUAUAGCAGAGCUUUGAGAAACGAUUCUCUUCGCUGCUUGUCAGCCCAGUAUCGGUAUCUGAAUGUUUUAAUAACACCUGAUAGCCUUUUUUCGCAUCGCAACUCUUUCGAGGGUGUUCCAUCCUGUAACGACAUCACUACGAAGUAGUGGCCUAAUGAAACUCCGGCAGGCACAUAAUCCGGACUCGACAUUCACGACAGUAAUCAAACGUUGUGUAAUCCUAUGAGUAAUUUAUGAAGAAAAGGUUGAUAAUUUAAAUAUAUAGGUGUGCGUAAAAUGUAGUCAUAAAUGUAUAUAAUAGCGGUAAUAAAUAUUCCCGUUUUUCGCCAAAA